CAUUCGUUGUGAUGCCAGCUUUGCAAACGCAUCCUGUCAUUCUGGAACUUGCCGUCUGAUAGAUUUGUUCUUUUGCUCUGCCUUGUAGAAGCUGGAAGGUACUGUACUUUUCCUUUUUGAGCGAAAUCAGCUUUUUUACCUAUAAUCUGGUUGCUCAAGGUGAAUUCAUCUAAAAAGGCCCCGUAUAUUCGUCCCGUAUACGGUAUCCCUGCAGUGAAGGUCGGUAACCUUGCUGCUUCUGCUGCGUACAGUCAACGGGCAGACCUACUUCCUUUAAACGCGACACUUCAGAUUUCCCUGUACAUUUCACAAUGGAAAAGGACGAAUUAGUUCAGCGUGCAAAGCUGGCCGAACAGGCUGAGCGCUACGAUGAUAUGGCAUCGGCGAUGAAGAACGUAACGGAGCUCGGUGUGGAGCUGAGCAACGAAGAAAGAAAUCUCCUGAGUGUUGCCUACAAGAAUGUGGUAGGUGCCCGUCGUUCCUCCUGGAGAGUCAUUUCCUCCAUUGAACAGAAAACUGAGGGAUCCGAGAAGAAACAGCAGAUGGCCAAGGAGUACCGCGAGAAGGUGGAGAAGGAACUCCGCGAAAUCUGCAAUGAUGUCCUGGGUUUGCUCGACAAAUACCUCAUCCCCAAGGCCUCCAAUCCCGAAAGCAAAGUUUUUUACCUGAAAAUGAAGGGUGAUUACUACAGAUACCUUGCAGAGGUGGCCAUCGGCGAUAAUCGAAACAGUGUGAUAGAUAAUUCUCAAAAAGCCUACCAGGAUGCGUUUGAGAUCAGCAAGAGCAAAAUGCAGCCAACACAUCCCAUACGCUUAGGACUGGCUCUAAAUUUUUCCGUGUUCUAUUACGAAAUUCUCAAUGCACCCGACAAAGCCUGCCAUUUAGCCAAGCAGGCUUUUGAUGAUGCCAUUGCGGAGCUGGACACACUCAAUGAGGAUUCGUAUAAGGACAGCACCCUUAUAAUGCAGCUUUUACGGGACAACCUUACGUUGUGGACAUCAGACACCCAAGGGGAGGGUGAGGGAGAGGCAGACCAAGCAGAUCAGUGAGUGAGCUUUGUUGGAUGGUGGCAACGUCUGGGAACGUAUUUAAAGGGUUCACCUGGGCCAAGCACCUACCCCUUUCAAGCAUACCAUUGAACAAAAAGAAGUUGUGUUUUUUAAAAUAUCUCUCUCUCACAUUGCUGCGCGUGUUAUGUUCGUUUAAUUAUUUACAACAUUUGAUUUUGCUGGUCGGGCGAGAUAAGAAGGCGCUUUUCGGGAUAAGUGGUGGAGCGUUAAGGUGGCACUGCUGCGCCUGGCGUGUUGGAUUAGUUUUUUUCUUUUGAUGCUGUUGGUUGGAUCCUUAUUUUUUCCUCAAGCAGCGAAUUGCGCGCGCACUUUAAUAUUAUGGUGGUUCAGUAGCGUUUUUUUCCGACCGGUCGCCAUUUUGUUCAAAAAUUGCGUAUUCUAACCGUUUUGCGUUGCACAAUUUUCCUCGCGCUGUUUAUUCAUAUUUCCAUUGAGCGACUGGUGGUUAAGUAAUUGAAUCAUGAUGCAGC